AUGGCCAAAUCCAUCACUUUUUCCUUUUUCAUUCUGAUGAUCAGUACUAUUGGUUUCCUCCCAUUCCAAGCAACUGCUGUUUCCUGCGGCGGUUCAUGCAGGACCUUGAAUGACUGUGAUGGCCAACUAAUCUGCAUUAACGGAAAAUGUAACGACGACCCGGACGUCGGAACUCAUAUUUGCAGCAGCAACCCGACUUCUAGCCCGCCACCCUCCUCCUCCUGCGGCGCUUCAUGCAGAACGUUGAAUGAUUGUCCUGGACAACUAAUUUGCAUUAACGGAAAAUGCAACGAUGAUCCAGACGUCGGAACCCAUAUCUGUUCCGGAAGUACUAGCCCCAGCCCACCAACCGGUUCCGGCCCAUCUCCGUCAGGAACUUGUCUCCCGUCCGGCUCUUUUACGUGUAACGGUCAAACUAAAUCAACGUACACUUGUUCGCCACCGGUCACCGGGUCGACACCGGCGAUACUCACCCUGAACGACUUCAGCGUCGGCGGGGAUGGCGGAGCACCUUCGGAAUGCGAUGAGAGUUUCCAUAGUAAUUCCGAAAGAGUGGUUGCGCUUUCCACCGGGUGGUACUCUAACGGGGCGAGGUGUGGGAUGACGAUCCGAAUCACCGCCGGUAACGGCAGAAGCACGACGGCGAAAGUGGUGGACGAGUGUGAUUCGAUGCACGGUUGUGAUGCGGAGCAUGCAUUUCAGCCGCCGUGUGAUAAUAAUAUCGUGGAUGGUUCCGAUGCUGUGUGGAAAGCGUUAGGGCUCAAUGAAAACCUUGGACGAGUUCCAGUUACUUGGUCCAUGGCAUAAUUAAGUUACCUACGUGCAUUGCUUGGGGUCACCCUCCAUGGAAAUUGAAAUGACCGUCAUCAAAAUCACUAAUUAAUAGUCAUAUAUAUUCACAAAAAUAGUUGGUGUCUAGUCAAAAAAAUUAAAAAAAUAAAAAAAUUGUUGCGAUCCUUUUUCUUUUCACCCUUCGAUAAUUUCUGGCUUCAAUCAUGUAUCAUGCAUGUUAUAAUAAACUUAUAAUAAAAUGAAGAACUUUGCCUGC